AUGCGCCUUCCGGCGCCUUACGUUCUCUGCUCCAUCCUCAUCUCUGUCGGCGGCCUUCUCUUUGGUCUGGACACCGGAUGUAUCGGACCCAUCACCACCAUGCCAACUUUCCUCGACUACUUCGGACCACUUUCCUCAACAACUCACGGCAUCCUAGUCUCAUCGAUCUUAAUACCAGCCUCAUUGACCUCCUUCUUCGCCGGCAAUGUCGCGGAAUACAUGGGUCGAAUCAUUACCUGCUCUGCUGGUGGUCUGAUCUUCUCAGCAGGUACUGCUCUAGAAGCUGGUGCUCAAAACCUCGCCAUGUUGUUUGUCGGCCGCUGCAUCACUGGUGUAGGAGAAGGCCUGUUUCUCAGCACGCUGGUGGUGUAUGUGUGCGAGAUUGCUCCUGCUAAGCAACGAGGUGUGCUUGCUAGUGUCCAACAACUGCUGGUUACCAUGGGUAUUGCAGUGGGCUACUUUAUCUGCUACGGCACUGUACGAAGCUCUUCUUCAAGUUUCAGCUGGAGGUUCCCUUUUGCGUUGCAGAGUUUCCUGGCUUUCUCGUACGCAGUUUCGGCGUUCUUGUUUUUGCCUGAGUCGCCUAGGUGGCUUAAGAGUAAAGGUCGCAUGGACGACUCGCAUGAUGCUUGGGAGAAACUGGGCAUUGCCGAUGUCGAGCGCGAGAAGGACGAACAAGAAGACCAAGCCCUGACAGUACAAGAACCGGAGAGUCUUGCAUUGACACCAAUUCGCUCGAGACAGAGUGUCCACGAAGCACCCCAGAUCUCAUGGCUCGCCGUGUUCGCAAAAGACACGCGCAAACGCACGUUCCUGGGCUGUUUCCUAAUGGGCAUGCAACAGCUCUCUGGCAUCGAUGGCGUUCUCUACUACGCUCCUCUGUUGUUCGAGCAGGCAGGCCUCAGCAGCAGCACCUCCUCUUUCCUAGCUUCCGGCGUGUCAGCCCUUCUCAUGUUCCUCAUCACCAUCCCUGCCUUCAUCCUCGCCGACAAAUGGGGUCGCAGAACCUCCACACUCGUCGGCGGCAUCCUCCUCAGCACCACAAUGUUCAUAAUCGGCGCUUUAUACGCGUCCAACAGCGUCCACGGUACCCACGGUGCUGCCCGCUGGGUCGUCAUAGUCCUGAUCUACAUAUUCGCCCUAACCUACUGCACCACCUGGGCCGUAGGUAUAAAAAUCUACGCGUCAGAGAUUCAACCUCCAAAAACUAGGGCGCCGGCAACUUCGCUGGCGCAAUCUUGUAACUGGGUUGUUAAUUUUGUGGUUGCGUUUACUACGCCGGUGUUCUUGCAGCAUUCGAGCAGUGGGAUUUACUUUAUGUUUGGUGCGGCGAGUUUGUUGACGGUUGUGGUGUGUGCGGUGAGCAUGCCAGAGACGAAGGGGAAGACUUUGGAGGAGAUUGAUAGGGCGUUUGAGCAGAAGAGUAAUGGUGACGAUCGACAGGGUGCUGCAGAGGUGGUGGUGCUCAAGUUGUUGAGGAAGUGGCAGUGA